AUGAUGCCCGACUAUCAGCCCACCGACAUGUCCGGCGAUAAGCCCGACGGGCCCACGAGGUUCCGGGCAGAGGCGCAGAAGGAUGGGAAAAUGGACCGCCGGAUGUCAAUUCUGGGCAGCAAUAACAACAAAUCGAUGCUGCUGCGGAGCCAAACGCAGGACUUCGAUCACAACCGGUGGCUGUUCGAGAGCAAAGGGAAAUACGGCAUCGGGAACGCCUUCUGGCAAGAAGACAAUGGCGCUGGGUUCGAUCGGGACACGGGGAUGAGCAUGCAAGAUUUUAUGGACAAGCCAUGGAAGCCACUCACCAGGAAAGUUACUGUUCCGCCAGCUAUCCUCAGCCCAUACAGAGUUCUGAUCGUGCUCCGAAUGGUGGCACUGACCUUGUUCCUGUCAUGGCGGGUGCAAAACCCUAACUACGACGCCAUGUGGCUGUGGGGGCUUUCCAUCGUGUGCGAGAUAUGGUUUGCCUUCUCAUGGCUACUCGACAUUCUGCCUAAGUUAAACCCUAUCAAUCGGGCAGCCGACUUAGGGGCACUCAAGGAUAAGUUCGAGACCCCCUCGCCUACCAACCCCGAGGGCCGAUCAGAUCUUCCCGGCGUCGAUGUCUUCAUCUCCACAGCUGAUCCUGAGAAGGAGCCUCCUUUGGUCACGGCCAACACCAUUUUGUCCAUCCUCGGAGUCGAGUACCCUGUCGAGAAGUUGAGCAUAUACAUCUCCGACGACGGUGGCGCCAUCCUCACCUUCGAGGCCAUGGCUGAGGCUGUCAAAUUCGCCGAGUAUUGGGUGCCCUUUUGCCGGAAGCACGACAUCGAGCCGAGGAAUCCCGACAGUUAUUUCAGCCAGAAAACAGAUCCAACCAAGAACAAGAAACGCCCGGAUUUCGUCAAGGAUCGGAGGUGGAUCAAGCGGGAGUACGAUGAGUUCAAGGUGAGGAUCAACGGCCUGCCGGAGGUUAUCCGAAAACGGUGCCAAAUGCACAACAACAAGGAAGAAGCACAAGAACGAAAGGCGGCCAUGGAGAAGAACAACGGCGUCCUCCCUCCGGAUCACGAAAGCCAAGUUGUCAAAGCGACGUGGAUGGCCGACAGCACCCACUGGCCAGGAACAUGGUUCGAGCCUUCCCCCGAUCAUGCCAAGGGCGACCACGCCGGAAUAUUGCAGAUAAUGAGCAAAGUUCCGAGUCAUGACCCUGUGAUGGGAGGCCCCAACGAAGGAGCAAUCGACUUCACCGGCAUUGACACUAGGCUACCGAUGUUUGCCUAUGUGUCGAGAGAGAAACGUAAGGCCUACGAUCAUAACAAGAAAGCCGGAGCCAUGAAUGCACUGGUGAGGGCAUCUGCUAUUCUCUCCAACGGUCCGUUUAUCCUCAACUUGGACUGUGAUCACUAUGUUUAUAACUCUAUGGCCAUCCGAGAAGGGAUGUGCUACAUGAUGGAUCGGGGAGGCGACCGCAUUUGCUACAUACAGUUCCCUCAAAGAUUCGAGGGCAUCGAUCCAUCCGACAGAUAUGCAAAUCAUAACACAGUCUUCUUUGAUGGCAAUAUGAGAGCCCUGGAUGGUCUUCAGGGACCUGUUUAUGUCGGAACCGGUUGCAUGUUCCGGCGAUACGCUUUGUAUGGAUUUCCUCCUCCAAGGGCGCGCGAGUAUUCGGGCUUGUUUGGACAGAAUAAGACUAAUGUUAGGACUCAGCAGCAGGGAAAGGCAAAGGAUGAGCCUCUAGACCAUAACCAUCCCGACUUGGAUAUGCCCAAGAAAUUUGGAAAUUCAACCAUGUUCGCUGAUUCCAUUGCCGUUGCAGAGUUUCAAGGGCGUCCGUUGGCUGAUCAUAUUUCUGUCAAGAAUGGUCGGCCUCCCGGCGCUCUGCUCAUCCCUCGACAACCCCUGGAUGCUCCUACAGCUGCCGAGGCCAUUGCUGUCAUUUCCUGUUGGUACGAGGAGAAGACAGAAUGGGGGGACAGAGUAGGAUGGAUCUACGGGUCGGUGACGGAGGACGUGGUGACGGGCUACCGGAUGCACAACCGCGGAUGGCGGAGCGUGUACUGCAUAACGAAGCGCGACGCAUUCCGGGGAUCGGCGCCGAUCAACCUGACCGACCGGCUCCACCAGGUCCUCCGGUGGGCCACCGGAUCUGUGGAGAUCUUCUUCUCCCAGAACAACGCCUUUCUGGCGACGCGCCGCCUCAAGUUCCUCCAGCGCGUGGCCUACUUGAACGUGGGCAUCUACCCCUUCACCUCCAUCUUCCUGGUGGUCUACUGCUUCCUCCCGGCGCUCUCCCUCUUCUCCGGCCAGUUCAUCGUCCAGUCCCUCGACAUUGCCUUCCUCAGCUACCUUCUCAUCAUCACCACCCUCCUCAUCUUCAUCUCCCUCCUGGAAGUUAAAUGGUCGGGAAUCGGGCUGGAGGAGUGGUGGCGGAACGAGCAGUUCUGGGUGAUCGGCGGCACCAGCGCCCACCUGGUCGCCGUUAUCCAAGGCCUCCUGAAAAUCUUCGCCGGGAUCGAGAUAUCCUUCACGCUGACGUCCAAAUCUGCGGCGGAGGAAGACGAGGACCAGUUCGCGGAGCUUUACGAGGUGAAGUGGACGGGGCUGUUCCUGGUUCCGCUGCUGAUCAUCAUCACGAACCUGAUCGCGCUGGUGAUCGCCUCCGCCCGAACCAUCUACAGCGUGAUCCCGCAGUGGAACAAGCUCCUCGGCGGCGCCUUCUUCAGCUUCUGGGUGCUGUCGCAUAUGUAUCCGUUCGCCAAGGGCCUCAUGGGCCGCCGAGGGAGACUGCCCACCAUUAUAUAUGUCUGGGCGGGGCUGCUCUCCAUUACAGUAUCCCUCUUGUGGAUUAUCAUCAGCCCUCCGCAGGGAGUUGUUUCUGAUCCUGAAUCCACCCAGUUCUCCAUUUGA